AUGUGGAAAAUAGCGUGUGUCCUAAUCGGAAUAUCCGUUUCGCAGGCAGAGUCCAGCUCUGUGACAGUAACUCGCAUUCAUUGCGAGAAGAACCCCAAGUUCUUUACCACGCUGAACGUGACGUCUGUGAAUAGUACGUUCUAUGCGGAUGUUUAUAUGCCGCAGGACCUCAAGGCGGGCUUCCGAGGACACGUCGAUGUGCAACUGCGUCUCAGCAAUGCCAAAAAGUUCCAGAGUCUGGUCCAAGCCGACAACGACUACUGCGAGCUCCUCUCGACCUUCAAGGACUCGCUCUUUCGGCGCUGGAUCAAGAGCGUUUUCAAAAACAGCAACUUAAUGGAGAACUGCCCUGUUCCCGCGGGGCACUACUUCGUAAAUGGCUGGCACGUGGACAUGGGCCUGGUACCCUCCUACCUACUGAGCGGGGACUACCUGGUAAAUGCCCUGUUUUACUACGGGAAGUAUCGCACCAAGAAGCAGACGUUCCUUCUUCGGUGCACGGUGGGGGCAACUAUGCAUAACAAAUAG